AUGGAUCUUCUCGAGACACAGGUCAGCGACCUGCGCUCCUUUCUCGGCGCCGGAGGUCUGCCUUCUGCAACAACAAACACAACAACAUCUACCGCUCCCAUUGCUUCAUCCCCAGAUGGCAUAGGUACAGCUGCUGCGGCUACUCAGCAAGGAAUGUCUGGCUCAACACCGGGAGCCUCUGGAGGCGCUUUGGGUGGUCUGGGUUCAAUCUCGGCGACAGGGCUGACGGGCGGAAGCGGUGGUGGCGUCGUCCAGGGUGGGAUGCCUUCGAGUGCCGCCUUGCCGCCGCAUCCAUCUACUGGGUACUCACUCACCAAAUCAAACCUAUACAACAGUCAUCACCACCUUCAUCCGCUCCAGAGUCACCCGCGAGACUUUGGGCCUCACGACUUCGCGUCUGGUCCCAUGAGGACGGCUGAAGGUACAAAUCAUGGUGCUCCCCGACCAUCCAUCACUGGUAGCACAACCGCCUCCCUCGCCAACCCUCAUGAUCCCUACCGUCGCAACUCGUCCGUGUACUCUCCGCACGGUGACAAUUCCGCUCAAAAUGACAUGAACUACGGCUCCAUGUCCCCGGCAACACAGUCGGAUACAUAUACCCAAGAUCACCCUACCGGAACAGCACCUCGGAACAACAGAACUACCUCGGGCAGUGCCGCUAAGCGCAAGGCCGCCGAUGACGAUGGCGCUUCAAGCUCUACCAAGCAACAGCGGAGUAAAAGAAAUCGAUACACUUCGAUAGCAUGUAACGAGUGCAAGCGCCGCAAGAUCAAGUGCAAUGGCCAAACCCCUUGUCAGCGAUGCGGCCAUCUCAACCUCCAGUGUCUCUAUGCGCCCAACUGUUGCUCGCACAGUCUCAAGGAUUCGGACGAGUUCAAACAGAUGGCCGACCAAGUGAGCCGUCUCCAGGAUCAGGUCGAAACUCUCUUCAGCAACAUGAGUGCCUUGCGCCAGGAAGCCCUACGUCUCGCUCCCAUUCACGACCGCAUCUUGCCACCGCCUUCCGCGACGGUCACUCCCUCGCCAUCGUCAGCCUCCAUGCCCCAGUUUUCUAAGCCUCUCGCGCCUUUGCGACCGCCAUCGGCGUUCAAUGGACCGACCAGCAUUGCCUUUACCGUGGAUGUGGCCAAAAACACCCUGCACAACAUGGGAUACGCCGGUGCCAGCGAGGCCCUCGACGACAGUGGUGACAGUGGCGACAGCAACAGCGGCCCACAGGCCGAACCGACACCGCGUACAUCACCGACGCCGCUACCCCCGAUGCAGCCAUCCUCCUACCAAAGACAGAUGGAUCCACUGUGGGAGUUUAACAAGGAUGAAAUGAUCCGACUUUGCAAGCUGCACGACGAGGAAGUCAGUGUCAUGUAUCCUGUUAUGAAGAUGGAGCCUACGAUUCAGCAUGCGAUCGAGAUCUCGGAGUGGAUGGAAAAAUUGAAAAGACAAGGCAUGGUGCCACCGGCAGACCAAGCCGAGAUUUUCACCGAUGAUAAGACGCUUUUACUCAAGAUUGUUCUAUGCACUGCCUUGGUUAUCCAGGAGCACGGACACAGCGCAAUGGCAGCUCGGCUGUACGAAACCAUCGAGGCUGUUACUAUGAAGACGUUGAUGAGUGGGCUUACCGAUGUCCUCAAGUUACCCUAUCUAGCUCUUGUUGCCGGCUACAAGUUCUUUUCCAACGACGAGGUUGCGGCCUGGCGUAUGAUGGGCCAACUCAUGCGGCUAUGCUUCGAACUGGGUCUCCACCGCCGAGAGGGACUUGAUAAGAUCACCGACCCUCAGGACAGGAAGAACACCAUAAACACAUUUUGGAUCGCCUACGUGCUGGAGAGGAGGUGGAGCUUCGCCACUGGCUUGCCUUUUGUGUGCGACGAUGCCAAGAUUGACCCAAAGCUGCCCUACCCGGAUGACAACCCAUUCUUGCGGGCGAUGAUCACCUGGUCCAUGCUGGCUGCUAAGACCUGGAAGUUGAUAGAUUAUUUCGAGCCGGCCGUCAUCCGUGAACUUAAGCCUAGCGACUUUGAAGAGCUGGACAAUAAGAUCCUUGCCUGGUACGACAGCGUGCCUGAAGAAAUCAAGAUCAGUACGCAUGAACCAGUCAAGAUGCCCAUAGGGGGCACCCAGCGCUUGCAGAUCUGGACCCGACUGAGGCUCAACCAGAUACGCAUCUGGCUGUAUACGCCAAUACUGCACAGCGCCAUCAGCAUCGCCGAGAACAUGGAGUUUGCGCGCAGAGCCGUCGAGCUAGCCAAAGAGACAAUUCAUUAUCUGACGGACCUCAACGAUACCACGAACAUAUACCGCCGCAUGCAAAUGUUCGGCCACCAGUUUCUCACCUCCUCCAUCGCCGUCCUGUUCCUCGCUUCCACCCACGCACCACUCCAAUUCAGCGCGUCCUGUCGCAAGGAAUUCUAUAUGGCCCUUGAACUGAUCAAGGAUAUGUCGGCAAAGUCAUGGGUGUCGCGACGAAUAUGGCGCACGAUUGGGUCCCUAAAGAAGUACGCUGCUCGGUUGGGAAUGGAAGAAGACAGCUCGAAAACUUCGAACCCGACGACCCGCAACAGCGCUAUGGCCAGGCCAUUCGGGCGCUUCCAAGACAAUGCUGCCGGCGGUAGUCCUGCGAGCAGUGUAUACAGCCCUGGCACUGCAACAUACUCUGGAGGAGGGCCGUUUGGCCGCUCCGACACUCUUUCUCAAGGAACCAGAAGCGGCGAACUUGCCUCGGAUGCCUCAACUCCGGCGGCUCAUCAGAGCCAGAUGCAAGGCUCGUCGCCGGAUGAUCUGACCAACGGGCUCAGGCUACAUAAUGAGAUGUCUCGCAUCUUUGAGAAUAUGCAAGGUGGUCUGCCUUCGGGAAGGGCGCGAGCGAAUCGGAUUCACUCACCCGACGUGGCUAUGAGUGGCGCUGGAGGUGGUGGGUACUUUUCCAAUUUGACGAACUCUCAUGAUGUUGGUAUGACUGGGAGAGCAUCCACGGGAAGCCCUGCGUCCUCUAACGGGGCUGGGGUGUACCAGCAACUGAGGGAUAUGUUUUAGAUGUGGAAUUUCGCAGAAUAUAGGUUGUCAAGCUUGAGCACGAUUGUUUUAGUAUUUAGGAGAUUCAUGGACAUGAUACCCAUACAACAUAUAAGGUAGAGGUAGUUUGGGAGUACCGAGAGGGUCAGGUAGUAAUGAACACGAGUCCGAGCUGAGCUGCUUCUCGGAAAAAUAG